AAGUUCCGCUGGAUGGGGGGGGGGGAUGCCUCUCAUUCUCUUUCUCCUCCCCUCCCCCUAUGGACAGAAGGCUGAGUGGGUCUGAGCAAGGGGGAAAGGAUGGGCUCUCUGUUGCACCAUGCAAGGGGGCAGUGGUUGGCUGUCCCUUCCCCUGUGCAUCGCCCCCCACCUCCUCCUCUUCAAAGUGUGGGUUAUGCUGAAUGCUGCCAUGGUCCUGACCCAAGUAGAAAAUGGAGCAGAUGAGGCACAGUAUUCUGUUAAGUUAAUUAAAAAGAAUUACAUUUACGGCAACACCACCCACAAAGUGGAUGUCUAUGUUAAAGUGCACAAAAAUAGCCCUUUUCUAGUCUGCAUGGACUUGACUCUUUCACAAAGUGAUGUCGUAGAUCCCAGCUACCUAUGGAUAGGGCCAGAUGGACAGAAUCUAAAAGGUGCAAACAAUGUGAAUCUCACAGCAACUGGAAAGCUGAUGGUGCUGAAUUUUAAAGAGCGCAUGUCUGGAUCUUAUACUUGCACGCUUACUUACAGAAUGAUCCGAGCUGACAUGCAAGAAGAACUAGAAAGAUUCAAGACAUAUAAAUUUAUGGUUUAUGCAUAUCGGGAACCAGACUACACCUAUCGAAUAUCUGUUCACUAUACGACCAAAGACUGCAACCUAGCAGCAAACAAACAAUUCUUCCUAGAGCUAAUAAAAAUCUUGAACAAUCUGAUUUCUUACCUGACUUGCCACAUCAUAGAGCCAGCGUACAGGUGUUACUCUGUCAAGCGACCGCAACAGAGAUUGGAAGAUGAGCUGUUUGUGAUUUUUCAAGUCAACCCAUUUGCUCCUGGCUGGGAAACUAUUUGCCACAUGCUUGCCAAUGACUGUGAAGAUGUGACCAAUAACCGUGUUCAAAAGGCCCGCUGGCUCAUUGAAGAAUUUUUCCUCAAGCAAGAGUACAUCCUGAUGCAUGAGUUUCAGAAUGUCCCUGCAAUCCAUUAUAUAGACCAUAGUUUCCAAGUCACUCGCCUGGACAGCUGUCAUCCAGGGUUCGGGAAAGAUGUCGUUACCCAUGGUGACUGUGCAAAUUGCUGUGUGGCCUGUAACCCUGGAACCUACAGCCCAAGUUAUGAAGUUGUUUGCCAGCCAUGUACAAACAUUCGGAUUCAAUACUACGGAGCAACAUCUUGCUAAAUAAAAGCAGAAUGGAAAAGUA